AUGCCGCACAUCACAGAGGCUCCGCUGAGGCUCAGCAAUGCCAACCUCCCCCAAUUCUCGCAGGCCGACACAACACCUAAUUACGACCGCACAAAAUUGAAGCAUGGUAUCGUCCAUGUUGGUGUUGGUGGUUUCCACCGCGCACAUCUUGCUGUCUAUGUCGACCGCCUCCUAUCCAAAUUCCAAGCCAAUGACUGGUCAAUCUGCGGUGUUGGACUUACACCUUUCGAUGCCUCCAUGAGGGAUGCAUUGGGACCACAGGACCACCUCUACACUGUUAUUGAGCGCUCUGCUCGAGGAAGCUCCGCACACGUCAUUGGUUCGAUUUCCGACUACAUUUUCGCACCCGGCAACGAGGAGGCCGUUAUCGCGAAGAUGGCUGAUAAGGAUACGCACAUCGUAUCUUUGACUAUUACCGAAUCCGGAUACUACUACAACGAGAACACACACGAGCUGGACGUCUCGAACGCGAACAUCCAGUUCGAUCUCACAGGCGAUGGACCUCCCCGCACAACCUACGGAUACCUCACUGAGGCCCUUGCACGGCGUUACAAGGCCGGCUUGAAGCCCUUCACUGUCAUGUCCUGCGACAACAUGCAGAAGAACGGAUCUAUCAGCCGUAACAUGCUUCUCGCGUUCGCACGUCUCAAAGACCCGAACAUGGCCGCCUGGCUCUCCGAGAACGGAGCGUUCCCCAACAGCAUGGUGGACAGAAUUACACCACGAACAGUCGACGAAGACAAGCAGGGCCUGAAGCAGCAGUUUGGCAUCGAAGAUGCCUGGCCUGUCGUUACUGAGCCUUUCAUGCAAUGGGUGCUCGAGGACAACUUCAGUGACGGACGACCGGAAUUUGAGAAUGUCGGCGUGCAGGUUGUACCGACCGUGAGAGACGUAGAGCAGUUUGAGUUGAUGAAGCUGAGAUUGCUGAACGGUGGUCACGUUGCUAUGGGAUACCUCGCCUCCCUCGCAGGAUUCACCUACGUCCAUGAAGUCAUCGCCGACCCGCUCUUCUCACAAUACCUCAACGACCUGUGGUAUGAAGAGGUCAAGCCCCUUCUUCCCUCGAUUCCCGGUGUCGACGUCGACGAAUACAUCCAGACGCUCCACUCGCGUUUCUCGAACCCCACCCUCAAGGAUGAGGUCGCCCGUAUCUGCCUCGGCGGAUCCGGCAAGAUGCCUCAGUUCAUCAUCCCCUCCAUCGCCGAGCAGAUCGAGUCUCGUGGCCCCAUUGGCCGCCUCACACUCUGUGUCGCCGCUUGGUUCCGCUACCUCACCGGUAUCGACGAGAACGGCAAGACCUACAAGAUCGACGACCCCAUGGCAAAGGAACUGCAAGCCCUCGCCCGCGAGGGUGGUGCUUCCCCCAACGCCCUGCUCGGCGUGCAGACCCUCUUCGGCGACGACCUCCGCUACGACGGCCGCUUCGUCCGCGAAAUCACCAUGGCCAUGCGCACGCUCGACCGACGAGGUGCCCGCAAGACGCUCGAGAAGUACGUCGAUCUUCCAGAGGACGACAAGAUCUCUCUUGCCGGGUCCUCCGGCUCGAUCACCGGCACGCACACGCGCGAAAACUCGCGAACGAGGGAGGACAUCACCAAGCGCAUGCAGGAAGAGGAGAUUGCGACCCUCAGGCAGCAGGUCAUCGACCUUACGCUCGAGAAGAAGCGUCUUGGGGCGAAGCUCAACGACAUCUGGAAGAUGGCUUCCCUUUACUGA